AUGGCUACAACCAGAUACACCGUGCCUAUCCCGGAGGGAAUACCUGUCCUCGAAACCCGCCAGCAACUCAACGACAUGGCAGACCAAUAUCCGAUGGGAACCCUGGACGAUAGAAACGGUGGCUACUACCUGCUCGACCAUGAUGCCACUGUGCUAGCCGUUACGUCUGAUUCCCUAUGCGAGGAAUUAGACGCCUCCAUGGAAGAAGCGAGAAAAUUACAUGCCGGUAACCUGGACGAUGAGGCCGAUGUUGCUCCUAGGGCGGAUAAUGCGGCUGCUUCUUGCUCUCACCCUCGCUGUCAUACCCAUGCUUUGUGUCGCACAUAUAGUGAUUGCCAUAUUUGCGAUGCUGCUGAGUGA